AUGUCUUCUCAAACCUAUCGUUCUACUCGUGCCACUGGAGAACAAGCAUUCUCUUUCGAAGAAACUGUCUUGAAAGGGUUAGCCUCAGAUGGUGGUCUUUUCGUUCCAUCAGCCAUUCCACAAGUUGAUGCUUCAACUAUUGAAAAAUGGUCAACAUUAUCUUUCCAAGAAUUAGCUUUCGAAAUCAUGAGACUAUAUAUCAAAGAAUCUGAAAUUCCAGAUGAAGAUUUGAAAAAAUUAGUGCACAACUCUUACUCUACAUUCAGACAUGAAGAAAUCACUCCAUUAAAUCCAAUUGAUGAAGCUAAUGGUUUAUAUUUAUUAGAAUUGUUUCACGGUCCAACUUAUGCAUUCAAAGAUGUUGCCUUACAAUUUGUUGGUAACUUAUUUGAAUAUUUCUUACAACGUAAAAAUGCUGGGAAAACUGGUGCUGACAGAGAUGUCUUAACAGUUGUUGGUGCAACUUCAGGUGAUACUGGUUCAGCAGCUAUUUAUGGGUUGAGAGGUAAGAAAGAUGUUUCAGUUUUCAUCUUGUAUCCAACUGGUCGUAUUUCCCCAAUCCAAGAAGCUCAAAUGACAUCAGUCCUUGAUUCAAACGUUCACACUUUAUCAGUCAAAGGUACUUUUGAUGAUUGUCAAGAUAUUGUCAAACAAAUAUUUGGUGAUGUUGAAUUCAACAAAUCUCACCAUGUUGGUGCUGUUAACUCUAUUAACUGGGCCCGUAUUCUUGCUCAACAAACUUAUUACUUUUAUUCAUACUUCCAAUUAGCUAAGAAGGUCGGUUCAGAUAAAAAAAUCCGCUUUGUUGUUCCAAGUGGUAACUUUGGUGAUAUCUUGGCUGGUUACUAUGCCAAAGAAAUGGGUCUACCAGCUGAUAGAUUAAUCAUUGCUACAAAUGAAAAUGAUAUCUUGGAUAGAUUCCUCAAAAGUUCUAAAUAUGAAAAAGGUGGUGACGUUAAAGCAACUCUUUCACCAGCUAUGGAUAUUUUAAUUUCAAGUAAUUUUGAACGUUUACUAUGGUACUUGGUUAGAAACAAUGUCACCAAAUCAGAUGAAAAAGCUGGUGAAACCAUAAAUAACUGGUUUGCUGAAUUGAAACAAACUGGUUCAUUCACUGUUCCACAAGAAGUUAUCGCAGCUGCUAGAAAAGAUUUCGACAGUGAAAGAGUUGAUAACCAAGAAACUAUCAAAGCUAUUAAAGAUCUUUACACUUCUAACACAACUAAAUAUGUGUUGGACCCACAUUCAGCAGUUGGUGUUACUGCUUCUUACAGACAUAUUGCUCAAGAUAAAGCUGAUAACGUUGCCGGUGUCAACUAUAUCUCUUUAUCUACUGCUCAUCCAGCUAAAUUUGCAGAUGCUGUUAACCAAGCUCUAUCUUCAAUUGAAGGUUAUUCAUUUGACAAAGAAGUUUUACCAGAAGAAUUGAGACAAUUGUCUUCUAAAGAAUUAAAGAUUAAAUUGAUUGAAAAAGCUGAUGUUGAAUUAGUCAAAUCAGCCAUCAUUGAAGAAUUACAAAAAGAAGGUAAAUAG